UUUCUUGUGGCUUGUAGAUAGAGUUGUCGGUUAUGUGGUUAUGGCAUACCGGUAGCAACGUCGACGCCAUUUUAAGGAGUGUAGUGUCUAAAGAUGCAGUUGUUCCUGUAUUCGUUUUAAUUAAUCGAGCGAGAGUAAAGUUGACGUAUUAUUGUAAUAUUUCAACAAAAUGACGCAAUUUUUACCACCGAAUUUACUUGCUCUUUUUGCUCCUCGCGAUCCAAUACCUUAUUUGCCACCGGCCAGCAAGCUUCCACACGAAAAGAAGAAUGGAGGAUAUAUCGGCGUUGGAGCAUUUCUCAAAUAUUUUGAGGAUCCGAAAGAUACCCCACCACCUGUGCGCGUCGAAACUCGAGAAGAACGUUUGGAGCGUCGUAGGAGAGAACGUGCCGAGCAAGUUGCUUAUAAAUUAGAACAAGAAAUCGCAGUAUGGGAUCCUGCUGGUAUUCCCAAUGUGACGGCAGACCCUUUUAAAACCUUAUUUGUAGCAAGAAUAAAUUAUGAUACAUCGGAAUCAAAGCUUAGGAGAGAAUUUGAAGUCUAUGGACCGGUAAAAAAGAUUGUGGUAAUUCAUAAUACAAUAAAUGGCAAACCUAGGGGAUAUGCUUUCAUUGAAUAUGAGCACGAAAGAGACAUGCACUCGUGGUGGCCGCUGCCGGCAACUAGUGCCGUUCACUAUUCCAUGCAAUCCCUGAACCUGCCUGAUAUGAUAGCUGCGUAUAAGCAUGCCGAUGGUAAGAAAAUAGAUGGUCGCAGAGUGUUGGUUGACGUGGAGCGUGCAAGAACGGUAAAAGGGUGGCUCCCUCGACGACUUGGUGGUGGUCUAGGUGGUACUCGCAGAGGUGGACCUGAUGUGAAUAUAAAGCACUCCGGUAGGGAAGAUAACGAAAGAGAAAGAAAACGAUAUCGUCUCGAGCAAGAGAGGGAAACCUCAGGACGAGGGCUGGACAGGGACAGGGAUCGCGAUCGUUUGGACAGAGAACGCAGAAGGUCACGCGAUCGUAAACGAAGAUCAAGGAGUAGGUCACGCGAUCGGAAACGUAGACAUAGUCGAGAUCGUUUACCGGAUCCUGACAUUGAGGAAAUUCAAAGAGACGAACGACCACGCGACAGAAGAGAUCGUGAUCGUGAUCGUGAUCGUGAUCGAGAUCGUAAAAGGAGUAACGAUCGUGAUCGCGAUCGCGAUAGGGAUAGGAAGAGAAAUAAAAGGGACAGAGAUCGUGAACGUAGGGAUAGAAAAGAUCGUGGUGAUCGUCAAGACGAAGAUACCAAGGAAAUUCGUAUUAAGGAGGAACCUUUGGAUGAUUAUCCCGAUUAUAGUAACACGUUUUCAACGUCAGGAUCGUAUUUCACCGCAGUCAAGUAUGAAGACGAUAACGAUCAAGAAGUCGAAGAAAAAUAUAGAAUUCCCGAAGGUCGCCCUGAUCCACCCCCAUACAAUAAUUACGACUCUGUACAAGAUUAUUGAUCUCAGUAAUAUGCCUUAUGACGUUUUCUCUCUGCCCGCGACGAAUCGAUGCGACCAUCAAUAAUGUUAUAUUGUAUUUCCUAUUGUUAUUAGUGUAAUGCUGUACUUACCGCAUUUGAGUACCGAAUUGUAUAGUGGAAUGGAAAAUUAAUGACCAGAUAUUCUAUUGGCAUAUUGCAAGGUAAGCAGCUUUGAUCUACGUUUAUAAUUAGCCGUUCCUUGGUAAUUAAUUUAGAAUAUUAUAUAUUUUUCGUCGUUGGAACGAAAGGUAAAAUUUCAUUGAAAUUUUUAAGAUUGGAAUGUAUUAAAUACAAUAUUCUAGCAGUUCAAACAGAACCUCGCAAUAUGGAACACACACACACAGAAGUUCAUAAACGUUUUCAACCUUAUUGCUACCACAAAUAAAAAGUACUGUCACUCGCUGUAUUUGUACAUACAUAAUAUGAGUAUAUGAAUGAAUUGAAAUUCUUCAUGAUAACUGCUGCAUGUAUAUUUAUAUAUGUAUAUAUGUAUAUGUAUAUAUAUAUAUAUAAAUAUAUUCAUAUAUAUAUAUAUCUAUGUAUGUAUAUGAGUAUAUUUAAAUAUAUAUAUAUAUAUAAUACAUAUGUAUAUAUAUUCAAAUAAAAUAAAGGAUAUAAUUCAUUUGUUAGAUAUAUUUAAAAGGCAUAAAUGGCUCUCCAUAGGAUUAAUAUCCUUUUUUUUUUUUUGUUAUUGGAUCAUAUAUCUUUUAUUUUAUUCUUUUUACGUUUAUUAUAUCUAUGUCUAAUAGAAGAAAAUAAUUAUGGAAGUAGAUUUAUCCUGAGACGUCAAAGAUUGUGGAAAAAUGAGAUAUUUUUUUUUUUUUUAAUUAAAUAUCUAUUUGUAUUUUAUAUCAUUAGAUGUGAGAAGACUAUUUAGAAAGAUUAUUUUUCUUCGAUUUGAAUUUAACGCCAUUUUGUUUGUAACUACGUUAGUUUUACCAAUGAAUUCGAAUUCUUAGAUAUAAAUCAAUAUAUCAUAUUUAACUGUAUUUUUAAAUCAAGCAAUAGAUAGAGAGAAAGAGAGAGAGAGAGAGAGAGAGAGAGAGAGAGAGAGAGAGAGAGAGAGAGAGAGAGAGAGAGAAAGAGAGAAAGAGAGAAAGAGAGAAAGAGAGAGAAAAGAAAACGCCGCAUUUUAGUGUUCAUUCUACGGAAAUGAGAAUUUCUUUCUCGAACGAGUUGAAAACUCGUUAUCCAAUCGAAAUACCUUUUUUUUCGUGUCGUAAAUUGCUUGGACGAGAGCUCAACGAUUUUUACGUAUUUCCGGUUUAACUGUUUCCUCUAUUAUGUUUUCGAAUAAUAUUCCCCGAAUGAAAGUGCGAAUUAUUCUUAAGAAAAUAAUUUUAUGAUUUCGUCAAUAAUUAUAUUAAAAGUAAAUCAAUGUUGUAAAGCAGAGUUUAAAAUGAAAACUUCGAAAUAUAUAAUCAAUAGAUUGUCGGAACUUUACGGAGGUUAUGUGAUCUUAUUGCAACUGCAUUGUUGCGGUAAGUAUAUGCACUUGUACAAAACAAUCCAUUUUUUUUUCUGCUUUUUUUUUCUUUUUUUUUUUUUUUUUUCCUCUUUUUUGGUUAUUCAUAAAUAGUUGGAACAAAUUAUAAUGUUAGUAUCUUUUUUAGAAAACUUCAUUAUGCAGUUUCGAAAUAAUCAACGCUUAGCAGUACGUAUUUUUAAGUUAAUACAUUUCUUCAAUGGUAAGAUAAAUUUGACUAUUAACAUUUACUAUACUUAUUGAAGACAGUCUAGAAUUAAUUUUAGAUUUUAUUUUCCUUCUGUGUGAUUAUUUAAUUAAUUUUUGUAAUUGCAAUGAUAAGAUAGAUUUAAUUAUAAAUGAUUAUUAUAGUUAAUCAAGAUAACUCGAGUAACAUACGAUUAAUUUUAUUCGUUCGAUUGUAUUUUUGUGUAAUUUAAUUAAUUCAUGUAAUUGCAAGAUCAAGAUAGAUAAUCUUGUUAUAAACAAUUACUAUAUUAUUUACUAUAAUUUGGGUAAAUUUCGAUUAAUUAUAUAUACAUAUACACACACACACACACACACACACACAUACAUAUAUCUUUUUUUGGAGUGUAAUACAAUUAAUUCUUGUAAUUCUUGUAAUCAAUAUUAAGAUACAAUUUAAUUAUAAA